UGUUCUCCAAUCCAAAACCGUCUCUCUACUUCCUCAUUUGUAUCAAAAUAUUGUUUUAAAAAUACUAAACCUUAACAAACCAAACAUCAUUUCAUCAUUUUCUAUGUCUUCGUCUUCUUCUAAUUGCUUCACUGCGAAUAGUAACCAGCUUCAAUAGUUUCUAUAAACUUUUGAUUCUUCAGCUUGCAUAUAUAAUGGGAAAUUGUUGUUCUGCUGCUAAUAAUGGUAGGAACAAAAUGGAGGGCGCCCUGGCCUAUCAAUGCCCCAGUACUUCUGGUGUUUAUGACAAAAACAUGCAUUAUACUUCUCUUUCGACUCCGAAAAUUCUGAAAUUUGAAAAGAAAGUUGUUAGUAUCCCCUCAUCUCCCCAAAUUGAAGAGGACAUUGUAAUAUCUUCUCCACAUUUGAAAGCCUUCAGGCUGAAUGACCUGAAGAAUGCUACCAGAAAUUUCCGCGAAGAUAAUCUUAUUGGAGAAGGCGGUUUUGGUAAUGUUUACAAGGGAUGGAUUGAUGAGCAAAUACUUGGUUCUGCAAUGUCUGGACAUGGAAUGUUUGUUGCUGUCAAGAAACUUAGAACAGAUGGUCUUCAGGGUCAUAAGGAGUGGCUGUCUGAGGUCAAUUAUCUUGGAAAGCUUCAUCAUCCCAAUCUGGUGAAACUUGUUGGAUACUGUCUGGAUGGCGAAAACCGGCUUUUGGUGUAUGAGUAUAUGUGGAAAGGCAGCCUGGAGAAUCAUCUCUUUAAAAGAGAGGCUCAGCCACUGUCCUGGGAUUUGAGGAUCAAAGUUGCAACAGAUGCAGCUCGAGGAGUUUCAUUCCUGCAUGAUUCCGAGGAACAAAUUAUUUAUCGUGAUUUGAAGACAUCCAAUAUCCUUUUAGAUUCAGAAUUCAGUGCCAAACUUUCCGACUUUGGCUUGGCAAAAGCAGGCCCCUCUGGCGAUUGCACUCAUGUCUCCACUCAAGUUCUGGGUACUCAAGGGUAUGCCGCUCCUGAAUACAUCGCUACAGGUUGGCUAACCACAAGGUGCGACGUAUAUAGCUUUGGGGUAGUGUUGCUAGAGUUGCUAACAGGACGCCGCGCACUAGACAAAACAAAAGUUGGAGUAGAGCAGUAUCUAGUGGAUUGGGUGAAGCCCUUUCUCAGCGAUAGGCGUAAGCUUUUUCGAAUUAUGGAUACUAAAUUGCAGGGACAGUACUCUCAGAGAGGAGCAUUCAUGGUAGGACUUCUCGCUUCACAGUGCUUAGGUGAAGCUAAACUCAGGCCAUCAAUGUCUGAGGUUUUAACUAUAUUAGAAGAUCUUCCUUGUUUGAAAUAUGGAGCAACCCCCUCUCCUUCAGACCAACAUGUUACUAUUUCUAGUCCUGUGCCUGGAUCAUGGUCUCCUUCACCCCUCAAUGAAUCUCUGUCUCCGUAUCGGACUGCUAGAGGGUCUCCACGACCACUAAAAUCUCAUUCGUAUUCGCCUGCAAAUGUGAACCUCGUUGGAUCUCCAUCGCCACUGCAAAUGAAUUAUCCGGUAAAAUUGAGCCCCAUGGCAUCUCCAUCGCUGUCACGUAUGAUAUUAGGAUGAAAAGUAGAAUUCCGCCUUUUUGGCUAUAUCAAUGUACAUAGCUUUCUCCAUUUUUCAGUUUCUUUCUUCCACUUGGUAGUUUGAGAAAGGUAUUAUCAUAUCAGCAUGGAUUCUGUUUUCUUGUAUAUGAACAUUUUGCCAUAGUUAGUCUCGCAAGAUUUGUCAUUCAAGCUAUUAUUCAUGUACAUAAAACUGGCUUCUCUUUAGGCAUUCUCCUCUGUUAGAUUUUUUCUUCUUCUUUUGGUUGUGUAUAAUUUGAGCUUAUGAUCAUGUAAAUAUAGCAGCACUUUGAAGUAUAUUUUAUUAUA